AUGGAGCCGAAGCACAAAGAGUUGUUACACCAGUGCCACCAGAACUUACUGGAGUCCAUCACGGAUGCAGACCAGCUGAUCGAGCUGCUGAGCAAGUCGGGGACCCUCAGCGAGCGGGAGAGGUUCGAGCUGGAUCAGAACUGCCCGUCCAGCUCGGAGAAAGUGGACCAGCUUUUGAAGAUGCUGAUGAGCAAGGAGAGCGACCAUUUCCUGGACCUGUGUGUGGCACUGGAGAAAACCUACCCUCACCUGUACUCUGCCCUGUUCACCAACGGCGGAGGACCCGCUGACCACUCCGGGUCUACCUACAGCGUCCUGUCCACUAUGCCUUCAGAUUCCGAGAGCAGCAGUUCCCUCAGCAGUGUUGGUACCAAAGCCUCAUCACCUCCACCUGCACUCAAUGACAACCGGCCAGCCAGCGAGAACCUGGACACCAUCCUGUUCCAGCUGAGACAGGUGACCAGGGAACGGGACGAGCUCCGAAAACGCCUUGCUCUCGCGUCUCCAGGCACCACCUUCGAUGACUGCAGGCCAAAUUCCAAAGCUGGUCACGAUUACGAGAGACUCAAGACGCAAUGCAUGAAGGCCAUGGCGGACCUGCAGUCUCUGCAGAACCAGCACACCAAGACCUUGAAAAGAUGUGAAGAGGCCGUGAAGGAAGCUGACUUCUACCACAUGCUGCACAGUCGUCUACUGAGUGAUCAGUCUCAGCUGAAGGAGGAGAUGGAGGUGAUGAGGAGAGAUAACGCUCAGCUUGUGAGAGAGCACAACCAUCUGAAACAGAGCUGUGAAGAACUCAAGAGACUCCACUCAGAGGACCAGAAAGAGGUGGCUGAUAUGAGACUGCAGCAACAACAGGUUAUUAGAGAGAAUGGAUCAUCAGAGGUUCUGAAGCUGUAUGACACAGCCAUGGAUAAGCUGGAGGGGCUGAAGAAAGAGUACGACAGCUUGAGCAAACGGUAUAGCGAAAAGGUAGCCAAUCACAACACGGACCUGAGUCGACUGGAGCACGCGGAGGAGGAGAACAGGCGGCUGCAGAAACAGCUUGAAACUUUGAUAAAGCAGAGAGACACGGCCAUCCACUAUCAGCAACAGUACUCCGCCUCAAUUCGGAGGUUUGAUUCUGUUCAGCAGGAGCUGAAUAAGGCCUCUUCUCAGAAUAAGGAGCUGCAGAGAGAGAUGGAGAGGCUGCAGUCGGAGGUGACACGCUAUAAGAACUUCCAGCUGAAGGCAGUGAAGGAUGCUGAGAAGUACAAAGAGGAGCGGGACUCUGUGUUUAACGAGUACAGGCUGAUCAUGAGCGAAAGGGACCAGGUGAUCAAAGAGGUGGACAAGCUGCAGACAGAGCUGGAAGCAGCCGAGGCUCGACUGAAAAACACCUCAUCGGAGAGGAUGGUGGCCAGCGAAGAGUUAGAAGCACUCAGACAGGAGCUUAAUUCAUCGCUGGUGGAUCGAGACAGAGCCAUCUGUGAGCGGAACGAGCUGCUGGAGAAAUACUGCCAUGAAGUGAAGGACAAAGCGGAGGCGCAGAAAGAGCUGAGUCAGGCCUGUAAAGACAUCGAGACUGUGCGCGAGGAGCGAGAUGUGGCCAGGAAAGAGAGAACUGAAGCCAUCAUCCAGAGGGACCAGCUACUGCGGGAGUACUACCAAGCCAGACAGAAACAAGACACAGCCACUCUGGACAUGGAGCGUGCCAAUAAGGAGAUCGAGGUGUUGAGGAAGCAGUGUGAGGCUAUGUCUCAGGAGCUGAAGGAGGCCAUGCAGGAGGCUGAGGUUGCAAAGUGCCGCCGGGACUGGGCCUUCCAGGAAAGAGACAAGAUCGUGGCAGAAAGAGAAAGCAUCCGAACCCUGUGUGAUAACCUGCGCAGAGAAAGGGACCGUGCAGUUAGCGACCUGGCGGACGCCCUGCGCAACCUGGACGACAUGAGAAAACAGAAGAAUGAUGCUGCUCGGGAGCUGAAGGAGCUAAAGGAGAAGAUGGAGAGCCAGCUGGAGAAGGAGGCACGUUUCUGCCAGUUGAUAGCACACAGCUCGCAUGAUUCAGCCAUAGACACAGACUCGCUGGAGUGGGAGACUGAAGUGGUGGAGUUUGAGAAGGACAGGGAUGACAUGGAUUUGAAGGCACUGGGGUUUGAUAUCGCAGAGGGGGUAAAUGAUCCAUAUUUACCCGGGGAUUGUGGGAUUUUUGUGACCAGAGUGGACAAAGGAAGUAUCGCGGACGGAAGAUUAAGAGUGAAUGACUGGCUGCUGAAGAUAAAUGACAUAGACCUGACUAACAAAGACAGGAAGCAGGUCAUCAAAGCCGUGCUUAAUGGAGGAGGUGUGAUCAAUAUGGUGGUGCGCAGGAGAAAGUCUUUAGGUGGAAGACUAGUUACUCCUGUCCACAUUAAUCUCAUUGGACACAAAGACAGCGGCAUUGGUCUGGAGGGUGGAGUUUAUGUGACGGCUAUAGCAGCAGGCAGCCCAGCCGCCAGAGAGGGCACUCUUACCAUUGGAGAUCGCCUCAUAGCUAUAAAUGCAAUCGCUGUGGAUAACAAAUCUGUGACGGAAUGUGAGGCUCUGCUGAGGGGCUGUAGGGAUUCGCUCAGCCUCUCCCUCAUGAAGUUCUUUCCCCAGAGUACAUCAGGCCAGAACAUCUUUGAGAACCUGAGGGAGGCUGAGAAGUCCAACUGCAGAACGCUCAUGUCUGAGGUUCACUCUCGCAACAGCAGGAACCUCAAACACAACAGCUCGACACAGACGGACAUCUACAGUAGCGAGGCUGGAGGAGAGAGGAGGAAGGCCAGAGCCGAGUCUGAGGAAGGCGGAUUCUCUGAGAGGAAGUCACCUUUCCCCAGCUCCACCCUGCAUCCCAGCAGCCUGCGGCCGGCCUCAGAGCUGGGGGGCCGCUACAGCGGCAGCGCCUUCCAGGAGGUCUGCUACACCCGCGCCGAGUCCACCGGGCCUGAUUGCGUUGCCCUGGAGAUGGCGGCAGAUAAGAAGCACAGCGGUGGCACCUGGCCCAAGAUGGUGGUGGGAGUCGCCAUGACGACAGACAGUCCAGCUCAGCUCUCCAUCUACAAAUCGCCCAAACAGAGGAAGCCCAUCUUUGACACAGAUACCUUCAAGAGGCCAGACACACCUUCCAAGACAGAGUACUUGGCUGGGCACUCGCCACAACCCUCCAAGACAGACAGUAGUGCUGCGCCCCCAACCCCUCCUACCCGGAGUGACUCCUUCAAGUUUAAGCCCAAGCAGCAGAGCGGCUCGGCCUCGGAUUCUACCAUCACUGAGCCCAAACGGGAGGACCGCAACGGGAACCUGUACUUCACAGAAGGAAAAACUCUGAGCUCCAGGAAGUCCUGUGAAGAGGACAUCGGGCGUGUGCGGGUGGAGGAGCCUGAGAUGAAGCGGCCAAGGCCUAAAUCAGCCCCAGCUCUCAGACGCAGGAUGACUCCUCAGUCCAUCCCCCUCCAGAGUUUUCAGAGCUACUCUAAUGAUGGGGACUGUUUAGAGCAGCGGGAGGUGUUGCGCUCGUCUCCUAGCCGACCUCACAGGCACAGCGUGGGUUUCGUUCCUACAGUCUAUAACGGAACUCUGCCACCCAACUCGGCGCAUCGUGGUCUUUCCCCGUGCACAGCAGUGACAGCCGUUAUGAGGAACCCUGUUUACACUGUCCGCAGCCACAGAGUGCAUACCAGCAACUGCCCCUCUGUCUCCAGCCAAAUCUGCCAUCAGCACACACAUCCCAGUCCCCAGCAUCAAGGGCGUCUGAGUCUGGACCUUAGCCAGCAGAAGCGUUCUGCUGAGUACUCGGACUCCUCCCGCAGCAGCCGAGCCUCUCAUGGCACCAACUCAUUGCCGUCCAGUGCCAGACUCGGCUCAUCCAAUAAUGUACAGUAUCGCACAGAAAGGAUAAAAAUCCCCUCCACACCCCGUUACCCACGCUCUGUGCUGGGCUCUGAUAGAGGAUCUCUGUCCCACUCAGAGUGCAGUAGUCCCAGUCUCAUCACGCCACCUCUGUCCCCACUCAACCUGGAGACGUCCUCAUUUGCCUCCAGCCAGUCACAGAACUCCAUCUCCACGUUGCCCCGCAUCUCCGUCAGCCCCGUACCCACGGGAGAGCGCCGGAAAGACAGGCCAUACCUGGAAGAGCCGCGGAACGUCAUUGUGCACAAAGGGGCCGAACCUCUUGGCAUCUCAAUCGUCAGUGGCGAAAAUGGAGGGAUCUUUGUGUCUAAGGUGACAGGAGGCAGCAUCGCUCACCAGGCAGGCCUGGAGUAUGGGGACCAGCUGCUGGAGUAUAAUGGGAUAAACCUGCGUAAUGCAACUGAGCAACAGGCACGUCUUAUCAUUGGCCAGCAGUGUGACACAAUCACCAUCAUGGCCCAGUACAACCCCCACAUGUAUCAGCUUGGCAACCACUCCCGCUCCAGUUCUCGUUUGGAACCAGUGAGCACCCAGUCCACUCCUCAGGGCAGUGGUGCUACCACCCCAGAUAACCACUCCACCAUCGACACCCUCAGUGAGCAGGAUGAAGGCACCCUCACUCCCUCAUCAAAACAGACUACACCCACCACAAGCCCGCAUAGCUUCAUCAGGAUGUCAUCAGAAGGCUCUAAGAAGAUUCCAGAUCCUCGCGUGGUAUCCGUGAGGAAGACUCAGGUAGAGCUCGGUGUUCAGAUCUGUGGGGGGAAUCUGCGAGGGAUCUUUGUGGAGAGGCUGGAGGAGGACAGUCCUGCCAGGGGGGCAGAUGGCCUCAUGCCUGGAGACCUGAUCGUGGAGUAUAACUCGGUGGCUAUGAAGAAUAAGACUGCAGAGGAGGCUUACCUGGAAAUGCUCAAGCCAUCAGAAAUGAUCACAUUUAAAGUCCAGCAUUGUGUGGAUGAGUUGAAUCAGCUGAAGGAUACUGCUUGUGAUGGAUUCUAUAUCAGAGCACUUUAUGACCGAGUGGCUGAGACAGAGUUGGAUCUCUCCUUUAAGAAGGAUGACAUUCUCUAUGUGGACGACACACUCCCGAAGGGCAACUUCGGCACCUGGUUGGCUUGGCAACUUGAUGAAAAUGCACAAAAGAUGCAAAGGGGUCAAAUCCCAAGUAAAUACAUGAUGGAUCAGGAGUUCUAUCGCAGGCACAGCAUGACAGAACUGAAGGAUGAGGCUGGCUCCAGUAAAACUCUCUCCGCAGCUGCACGCAGGUCCUUCUUCCGCAGGAAACAGAAGCACAAACGCAGUAGCUCCAAAGAUGGCAAAGACCUGCUAGCCCUGGAUGCCAUUAGCACAGACUCCAUACCAUUUUUAGAGGAAUGUGUGAGCCUAGCCUAUCAGAGGGUGCAGAAAGUAGACUGCACCUCUCCCAGGCCAGUGCUAAUCCUGGGCCCACUCGUGGAUCCUGUUAAAGACAUGCUGGUUAAAGAGUCUCCAGGGAAAUUCAGCAGAUGUAUACUUGAGGUGAUGAAGGCCUCUCAGCAAGCCAUUGAACGUGGGGUGAAGGACUGCCUCUUCAUUGACUACAAACGGAGGAGUGGCCACUUUGAUGUGACAACAGUUGCUUCCAUCAAGGAGAUCACAGACAAGGACUGUCACUGUUUGCUUGACAUUGCACCUCACGCCAUCGAACGGCUUCACAGCGUUCACAUUUACCCAAUCGUCAUUUUCAUUCGCUACAAAAAUGCAAAGCAAAUAAAAGAGCUGAAAGAUCCGGUAUAUCUGCGGGAUAAAGUCUCUCAAAAACAUUCCAAGGAGCAGUUUGAGGUUGCACAGAAGAUAGAGCAGGAGUAUAGCAAAUUCUUUACAGGUAUUGUCCAAGGAGGCACGUUGCCCUACAUUUGCACUCAGAUCGUGACUAUAGUGGAUCAAGAGCAGAGUAAAGUCCUGUGGACUCCGCUGGGCUCUCCCUAGGUGGCCGAGCGCGUGCUCUCCGCUUACUGCCUCUCACACCUGAGCUUACAAACACUAUGCUUUACACUCACACUACACGCAAAGGUACACUACAGUGAGCAUCGCGGAUAUAUAGUGAUCCUCCGUUUUUCUCUCAUGAUUCAUUUUCUGGUUAAUUGUAACAUUUUAUGUUUAAUUGUAACAGAGCCUCUUAUUUGUGUGUGUGUGUGUGUGUGUGUGUGUGUGUGUGUGUGUGUGUGUGUGCGCGCAUGUGUCCGUGUGUGUGCAGAUGCAGGAUUAUAGCACUGAAGUUUUCAUUGUUUUCCUUUGGUCUUCCUGACAGACAUCUAAUGAUUAGUAAUGCUGCAUCUAAGACACUUGUUUACAGAAGAAUCAGUCCGUGAUUUGUUAUUUAAUGUCUGCUUGAAUGUGUACUGUCCCCUUAUCUUAAUGAAGUCAUACCUUGUCCAACCCCACAACCCCCCACAACCCCCUCUCCCACCCAGCCUAAAACCAGCCCUGUAUUUCAACCCACUUUUACCAAAAUGGCAUGUGUAUCUCUCUGUUUUACACAUCACUUCAAGGACUGAAAACUCAUUGUGGGUGAAGAGUAACUUGUUGUAAGAUUGUUUGUUUAAAUGUAAUAAUGACUGUUGGUUUGCAUCAUAGUGCUUAUAUUUUGGGUUGAGGUGAACAGCAACUAAGCGGAUUUUUACGGGCCAAAUGGAAGUGCCUUUGGAGAUCUACUGAGCGUAUGACAAUGGCAUGUUAUUGAGGUGAAAGGCUGAUGUUUGAAACUCCUCAGAUUGCACUCCAGGGCUAGACAGACCACUGUGUUAUCAUUCUCAUAGAGGAGAAUAUAUAUUUAAAGAGAACAUGAAAUCUAACACACUUGUACUCAUGCAUACAAUACUGAAGUACAGGCACACUAAACCUGUACGUAUGCAAACUCAUCGAAAUAUAUAGAUCUAUAUAUAUAAAUAUAAAUAUAUUAAAUGUAUUUUGACUAGGCUACCGGCCUAGGAGAGUGCAGCAGGUGUUCAGUCAGGUCUUAGCAGAUAUAAGCAUGUUCUGUAUUUCUCUUGUCUUUUUCUCUGUUCGUCAGUCACUUUUAUAUGUACCCACUGCAAAACAUCAUGGAAGGAAGAGAUGCAGGGUAAAUAUAAUUAGGUCUCUUAGGCUAAAACUGUUGAAAUGUUAGUCAUUUUACAUGUAUAUUUAAUUUUUUUUUUUUUAUUCAGCAGGCACAGUCAUGUCCUUCAUUCAGACCAGUAGUCCCACCAGUUAUUGUGCCAAAAUUCAAUGUGUCAGUUUCUUUUAUUUCUGUUUUGCACUUGCAAUGUUAUGGACCCUAAACAAUAGCUGUUCUUAGGUUUCCAGUAGAGGUUGAAAAUAGGUACUAUACUUAUUACUUUAAGAUUAAUAUUCUUUUAAGUGUAUCACUCAUGUUCCGUACAUUUCAUUAAUUGCCUCUUCUUAAAUGAGUAAAAAAAGAAACACUGCAUUAUUUACAUUCUCGUUUAAAAAGGGAUUUCUUAUUGCACAAUUUUCUCAAAGGAAAAUCAGUCCAUAUGUUGACUAUUGGGUUGAAAUUAGGCAUUUUGUUUGAGUGACUUUCACGUCUAACUGUUUUCUGAAUAGAUAACAAAGAUCUAAAUGAGAGGGAUUCAACGCAACAUGCUUGUUGUUUUAGGAGCAAUGACUAGAAGACAGGUACUGUCACAAUUGGGAUUUUCAAUAUUAAAAAAAGAAUGUGAUUUGUAUGAGCUGUUAAAGACAUUAACAUGAGAAUAAAAGUCAUUUUCUGUAUCACACUAUA